AUGCCACUCCACCUCCGCAAGGCCACACUCGCAGACGAAGGAGCCGUGUCGCGCAUCUGUUUGUUGACAGGCGACGCUGGCAAGUCUGCCGAACAUCUCUUCAAAAAACCAGAAAUGCCAGGUCUCGUCUACGCCGUCCCAUACCUCCAUCUCGACAGCGCAUGGCGCUACGUCCUCGUCGAGACCGACGAUGCCGGCGUGGAAAAGGAUGUCGUCGGCUACGUCGUCGGCUCAUCCAACUGCCGUGCAUUCGAAGCGGAUGCAGAGAAGAAUUGGUGGCCACCCCUUCGCCCACGCUACCCUAAGCCCGAAGAUGCAGACCGCGACGCCUACACGGGCGCAGAGCUGUAUUAUCUGGAUUUCAUUGCUAACCCAGCUUUGACGGGUCAAGAAGUUCUCGAUGUUUACCCGGCUUUUCUUCAUAUCAAUAUCCUCCCACCACACCAGGGAAAGGGGUGGGGCACCAAGAUGAUUCGACAGGCGGCGCUGCAGGUCCAGGCAGACGGUGAAAAGGGGUUGUGGGUGGGUAUCGAUAGUAGGAACGACAACGGUCGUCAGUUUUACAAGGCAAUCGGGUUCGAGAAGAUGGAGAGCAAGGAAGGCGAAUAUUAUGGGCUGGACAUCAAGAAGUUCCUGGACAGUGGACGAGGAGCAUAG